CACUCGCUUCCAAACAGUACAGUGGGGUAUGAUUUGUUUGUUGAAUAAAGAAGGACGAAGACGAAGACGAAGACCCAGACCCAACUGUUCCUCGGUCAAUGGAAAGUAAUGGCUUCCUCAUCCACCCCUGCCCCCUUCUAUCAUCUUUUUGUGCAGCAAAACUCUGUUAUCCGCUCUCCUCCUCCUCUUGCUUCCCCCCACAUUUCCUGAGACUCGUCCGGCAAUGGCUUCUCCCGAUGCUGGUGGUCGUGGCGGGAAGCUGGAGCUCGUUGCUUCCAUAGCACUGGUCAUCGUUCUCUUGAAGUUCUUCCUCGCUGGUUGGCUCGUCUGUCUCCUCCUCAGUGUCAUCGAGUUCUUCGAGGAAAGGCGGGCCCCGGACCUCCCUGGAGACCGGAAACCGAACCCCGGUCACGGGCCGGCGGAGGCAAUGUCGGAGUCGGACCGGGUGUCACUGCCUCCGGGAUGCGAGUACGAAGUCUUCCUGAGCUUUAGGGGACCCGACACCCGCGAGAGUUUCACUGAUUGUCUGUACAACAGCUUGGUAGAUGCAGGCAUCCGCGUCUUUCGGGACAACGAAGAACUCCGUUUGGGGGAUGAGAUCGGUCCCAGGCUUCGCCAGGGGAUCAUGCAGUCGAAGAUCUCCAUUCCCAUAUUCUCGAAACGUUAUGCUUCCAGCAAAUGGUGCCUCAGGGAGCUUUCUCUUAUCGCCGAACGCUAUAGAGAAAACAAGCAAAUCGUGAUGCCUAUCUUCUUCGACGUUAGGCCAGAUCAAGUUAAGAAUCAGACCGGGAACUACGAUGCAGCACUCCGGCAGCACGCUGGGAAGUAUCCGCAGGAUGUUGGAGAGUGGAGGAGCGCUCUCUCGGAGCUGGGACAACUGAAAGGAUGGCCGUUAGAAGAUACUGCUAAUGGGUAUUGGGGACAGUUUAUAAAAUUAGUAGUUACGAGCGUCCUAUCUAAACUGAAGAAAGCCCAUCUUCCCAGGAAUAAAACGUUUGUCGGAAUUGAGAGGCAUGCAGAUGCAGUCAUGAGCUUGUUGGACGUUGGAAUUAGAGAUGUAAGAAUUGUUGGGAUUUACGGUAUCAGGGGUAUUGGUAAGACAACUCUUGCCAAGGACAUCUAUAAUAAACUUCUCGAUGGUUCAGAGUUUGAAGGCUGUAGCUCCUUGGAUAAUAUUCGAGAGAAGUCUUUGCCACCAAAUGGUCUGGAAUGGUUGCAAAGUAAGUUAGUUGCCGACAUCACGAGGAGAAAAGGUGACGAAUUUGGUAGUGUUGAUGAUGGUACUAAAGUGCUAAUGGACAGGUUUCGUGGCAAGAAAGUUCUCAUUCUUCUUGACGAUGUUGAUAACAUUAAACAGCUCAAUGUAUUGGUGGCAGAACGUGAAUGGUUUGGUAUAGGAAGUCGAAUAAUUAUCACGACGACUGAUGGAGGCAUAUUAAGAGAAGCGCCUCAAGUCGAUAGUUCUUACGAGAUGGGUGGAAUGGAGCAGGAUGAAGCUCUCGAACUUUUCAACAAGCAUGCUUUUAGAACCACUGACCCUUCCACGGCAAAACUGAAUCAUUUGGCCAAAAAGAUCGUGAAGGCAACCGGAGGGCUUCCUUUAGCUCUCGAGAUUAUGGGCAGUUCUCUAUACGGCAAAAACAAGGAUAUAUGGAAGGAAACCCUACAGAAAUUGAAAGAAAGACCUGAUAAGAAAGUUAUCGAUCAGUUAAGGGUCAGUUAUGACAACUUAGAAGACGAGGAAAAAGAAAUAUUUCUGGAUAUCGCAUGCUUUUUCAUUGGAACGGACAAAAGAGUUGUAUUUCACAUGUGGAAAGAUUGUAAGUUGAACCCCGCACUUGGGAUUGAAGUCCUCCGACUGAGGUCUCUUAUAAAAAUUGGUGACGAUAAUAAGUUGGGGAUGCACAACUGUCUAAGAGAUCUCGGCAGGAAGAUUGUUGAAGAAGAGAACAAUGCAACGGGGAUGCCAAGUCGCUUGUGGCGCAGAGAAGAAGCAAGAAACGUCCUGCAGAAUCAUAUGGGAACAGAGAGGAUCAAAGCCAUUUCCCUACAAUGUGAAUUGGGUGAAUCAUUCUGUUUUGAUGGCGAGCAAUUUAAGAAUAUGUCAAAUUUAAGGUUCCUUCGGUUAGUGUAUGCUGAGCUUUCGGGACAUAUCCGAUCUCUGUCGGAGUUGAGAUGGCUAAGCUGGCAGAAAUCGUCCAUGAAGUUCAUGCCCAAAAGUUUACCGCUGGCGAAGUUAAAGGUUCUUGAUAUGUCAGGGAGUGAAGUUAAGGAGGACUGGAGCGCUUGGAGCUCAACCAAGAAACCUGUGAAGCUGAAGGUUCUCGAUCUGAGUGGUUGUCACAAGCUAACGACAACUCCCGAUCUUUCUAUGUUUAAGAAUUUGGAAAGAUUGAUUCUUGAAGACUGUCAAAGAUUGUCAGCCUUUCACCCAACAAUGGUGGGUCUUCAAUGUCUAAGUUCACUAAAUUUGAAGGGAUGUUGGUGCGUAACAAAUCUGCCUGAGCGAUUGGGAUCUAUGAAAAAAUUGACGGAACUUAUCAUCGACGGGACUUCCAUCAUUCGACUUCCAGAUUCCAUCGGUUCCUUAGAAAAGCUGCAAAUGUUGUCAGCAAAUGAGUGCCACCACUUACAAGCUCUUCCGGACUCAAUUGGGCGGCUCAAUUCAUUAGUUAGGCUGAGCUUAUCGCACACAGGAGUGGCAACUUUGCCUAAUUCUGUUGGUAAUCUGAGCAACAUGGAAGUGCUCAACAUCAAUGCCAAUAAUAUAUCUCAUUUUCCAAGUUCUCUAGGGAAGUUAGGGAAGCUCAAAGAGAUAAAUGCUUCAAAGUGUAAGAACUUGAAAGGCAUCCCAGAAACCAUUCGUGGCCUUUCUCAUCUUCAGACUCUUCACUUAACGGGAUGCCCAAAGCUUCAGAGUCUCCCUGAACUUCCUGUUAGUUUGGUUAGUGUGAGGGUGACUUCUCAGUCGGCAGGGGCAAUCCCGAAUCUCCCUGAUCUGAUUAACUUGGAAGAAUUGGUGUUAAGUAUAAACACCUUAGGGUGCGAGGUUCGUUCCCUUCCUCGGCUUAAGGUACUUUCCUUCCCAAGUUGCACAAACCUGCAAAGCCUCCCCAAGCUUCCCGAAAGUCUGCACAAGCUGAACGUUUCGAAUGGCUCACUUGAGAUAUUGCCAAAGCUUUCAAAUUUGCAAAACUUAUCAGAGUUGUCUCUUGAAAAUUGUAACAAGCUCACAGAUAUUCCUGGCCUUAGGGAUCUGGUUGUCUUGAAGAGUCUGAAAGUGGACUCGUGCCUGCAGAUUACUAGCCUCGGCGGUCUUGAACAGUUGAAGUCUUUGAGAGUACUUCAAGUUUCCUCCUGCGAGAAACUGAAGACACUCCCAAAUCUGUCCAUGCUAAAGAAGUUGUCUGUAAUGAAUGCUAGAGGCUGUGAAAGCCUAAUCGAGAUUGAGGGUCUGGAUAGUUUAUAUGCCUUGACUGAUUUGGACAUAGGCAAUUGUAAGUCCAUAGAAAGAUUACCAGAUCUUUCGGAGUUGACAAUGUUACGAUCUUUGUCCGCCGAUGGUUGCAAGGAGCUGCAAGGACUCAAAGGGCUUGGUGAAUUGGAAAAAUUGUUGUCUUUGCGAAUUUCAGGGUGUAGAAAAAUCAAACAUCUGCCAGAUCUAUCAAAGCUGAAGAAGUUGAAGAAUCUCAAUAUCGCGGGCUGCGAGAACAUUUCAGAGGUACUUGGACUAUGGGAGCUGAAAUCCCUGAAGUGUCUAGUUAUUUCCAGACGCAUCAGCCUUGCGAAGCUUCCAGAUAUCCUGAAAGAAGGAGACGUGAAGUCUCCUAGUUGGGAUGACUCAUCAGUGGUGAGCCGCAUUAUUACCGAGUGCCACAACCGUUUGCGCGACCCGAGAGGGUGUUUGAGUGAAGCUGUAAGUUCCGAGUCCAUUAAUGGCCUUGCAGUUUCGAUAAGUGAAGGGAGGGUAGUUGCACUCUAUCCAUAUGAUAAUCACCGGGACAUAAGAAGUGCACCGUAACACCAGUCAUGGGAAACUCACUGCUUUCUUCGAGCACUUUACAUGCCAGGAGGAGUGACAUCAACUGAUUCUACUGGAAGAUUGACAUUCGGAACCACUUACGAACAAUUAGGAACUAGUCAGCAUGAUAGAAGUCCCAGCACAGAUUAACUUUUCUCGUUGUGUCCAAUACGUGAAGGCAUAGCACGUAGCUUGUUUUUAAGUUUUAAUAGAUUGACCGAUGAGUUCUUUGAUAUUGGUCGCAUCCUCUUGGUUCAAAAGGUUGCGAGAAUGGAGAAAGUUUCGGAACUCAUCAUCAAGGACAAGGUGUUCUCUUCUUAUUAAAAGGUCUCCUGUCUCGUUGCUUCGUUUCCCUGCAAAUUUUCCUUCCUCUGCUUUUUAUUCGGGAAAAAGAAAGAUUCAGUAAUGAUAGUAUAUGAGUUCUCUGUCCCUUAAAAACUCCGAGUGUUCUACUUGUGAUCGAGCUAAAUGCCCUGAGAAUUACAAACGUUGAAUGAAGAUCAGAAAAAAUCAGAUGGGGCAAUCUGGACAUGUUCGUCGAGA